UUGCUUUGAACAAGCGUAAAAAUGGGCGUCGUCGUCAUUCGUCUUCCAAUAUCCGUCGAAUAAAUUGCCGCCCCCUGGACUGUGUGACCCCCAUUCUCAUUUUUCAACGCUUAUAAAUCUCUUUUAUUUUCUCAUCGAAGCAAUUUCUUCGGCAAUAUUGAUAUUCCUUCUGCACAUUAGACAGCCAACUUCUGGAGAAAAUGGAGCAGAAACACAGCAUGUAUAAUAUACCCGUCUUAUGGAGGGGAACAAAGUAUAUGGUGGAAAUCAGUUCAGAUUCUACUCUCAGAGACCUUGGUCAGAAGCUGCUUAAAUUAACUGAAGUUAAAGUAGAUACCAUGCGGCUCAUAGUCCCACAAUUUUCCAGUAAAAGCUCUAAAAUGUUAUAUCCAUUUUCUGAUGAAGAUGGAUACUUGGAUCUGCAAAAGUUUUCCAUUUUUAAGGAUAACAAGCCUAUCAGAAUGAUGGGAGUCUCUAAGAAUGAGGUAGACGAAGUUUUGAACAAUGCUAAUAAAAAUGAACGAAUUAUUGGGUUCGAUGAAGAAGAGAAAAGACUGAAACAACGGAUGUCAAGUAAGCCUAAGGGCAUGCUGAAACUACCAGAAGGACCCUAUGUAUUUUGCGAGUUUCGGACACUUCAAAUUCCAGGAAUCGAGCUAAACCCUCCAGCUUCAGAAGCUUUGAAAAGAAUGCACAUGCUUGCUGCUGACCCUGGUAUUAUUGCAAUCAUGAACAAGCACCGUUGGCGUGUGGGAAUCAUGACUGAGAUGGCCCCUGUUGGUUAUGUUGGUGUGAGCCCUAAAUGUAUUCUUGGCUUUAAUAAGAACCAUGGAGAGGAGAUAUCCCUUCGACUUCGUACAGAUGACCUGAAGGGUUUCAGAAAAUAUGAAAGUAUCAAGAAGACAUUACUCCACGAACUUGCACACAUGAUUUAUUCUGAGCACGACGCCAACUUCCAUGCUCUGGAUAAGCAGCUUAAUGAGGAGGCUGCUGCUUUAGAUUGGACAAGAUCAAAAGGCCACACGUUGACUGGAAUUAAGUAUUCCCAAUAUCAUGAAGAAAGUGACGAUGUCGAAGAUGGCUUUGCUGUCUCACAGAAGCUUGGUGGAAGUGUGUCACAUCAGCUGGUUAAUGCCCGUGCUGCUUCAGUUGCUGCUGCUUAUCACCGUUUGACAAACACUUCAAAUUUCAGUUCAAGAGUGUCUCAAGUAAGUGCAGAGUCGGAUCCGGAUGACAGUGCUUAUCCAAAGAAGCUCGAGCCUGACCCUGAUGACAGCUCCAAUGAUCAAAGCAUGCUUGAGCUUGAUUCCGACAACAGUUCUAAUUAUAAAAACAAGCUUGAACCUGAUCUUGAUGAUUCUAUAGGGAGCAAAAGUUUAGAAUCUGAAUUUGAACCAAGAUUCAUUAAGAGCCUAGUAGUUCAAACAGAUUUGAGCAGCACAGAAGUACAGCCUGUGCCUACUACUAACAGCAGAUUGUUGGAAGCCACAAAGUUGUAUGGAGAACCAGAUCCUGAUGAUAUUGGAAGCUCUUCGAACAGUAAAAUAACUGACACAGAUCAUUUCUCUCAAGGAAUGCCAAACUUGGAUUGCAACAUUUUCCAAAGAAUGGUUGUUGAACCUUAUCCAGAUAACUUGGAAGAAAAAGCGAACACGUUGGGGUGUGGAAAUGCCAUUGGACAUGAUGAGGCUGAUUGCCUAGAAGCUGGCUUAGUGACAGACCAAACCCAUUUAAGCAUAAACUGUAAAAAGCAUGAUACUACUCAAGGAGUGGAACCUAUGCAGAUGGAGCCUGACCCUGAUGAAAGGCCUGACCCUGAUGGAAGUUCGGUACAUCAGGUGGAUUCAUCUAAAAUGCCUGUUGACGAGCCUGAUCCUGAUGACCAAGAAAUUCAAAGGAUACAAGACUCUGUUUCUGUUGUUUGCAAUCGAUUGCGUGAGGCCAUUGCAAGGCUGCUGGCUGAAGUUAAACCUUCUGAAUCUUCAGCAGUUAUUCAAACUUUGUUCAAGAUUGUUAAGAAUGUAAUUGAACACCCUGAUGAAAUGAAAUACAGAAAGCUGCGCAAGGCUAAUCCCAUUAUCCAGAAGAAUGUUGCCAACUAUAAAGCUGCAUUGGAGAUCCUGUUCUUGAUAGGUUUCAUUGAAGAUGCACUGCUAGACGAAAUCGGGAAGGCAGAAACAUUCCUGGUACUGAAACGUAAUGAUCCUGGCUUAUUGUGGCUUGCGAAAUCUACCCUUGAAACGUGCAAUGCCUUGUAGAUUGAAGAACAUAUUCUCUCUUUUUUUCCCUUUUCUUUUUUAAUUUAUUUAACAGAACUGUAAACUAAAACAUGUACUCUAGGAUACUGUAUGCAAAUUGGUUUAGACUAGACGACCCGAUAUUCAAACAAGGCUGUGGUUUCCAUAAGCAUGUUUAUGCAAACAAGAUGAGUGUUGUAAAUAAAUGUUGUUUCUGAAUGGCUUUACCGCCACUCGAUUACACUCAAUUGAACGAUGAUCUCGUUUUUCAA